AUGGAUAUUGCCAAAAUGUGUCUGUGCUUAUUAUCAGUAACGUUGCUGCUUUUGUCUUCUACUGAGAACUCGUUCGUCACACCUUUACCAGCCGGUGAGUCAAGCUGUGUGUUGUUAGUGAUCUUGGUAUCCAAGUACGAAGAAAUCUCAGUUCCUGCUGUUAAUGAUCUCAUCUUGGUCUCAGACAAGGUUUACACUGGGAGAGAAGUUCUUGACAUGGAGAAGUUAAUGGCGAAAUACUUUGCAAUUCAAUUUCUGUUUCUCAAAGCUGCACAAUCUGACAAAGAGAUUGAGCUUCUAUCAUUCUUCAUCAUCAAGCUCAGCUUAGUAGAGUACGAGAUAUGA